AUGAGCACAUCUAAGAUUCAAACGCUAUAUAUAAGGAAUCUGACCGGUGUCUUCACACCCGUGAACAUCAAUGCACCGUUGACUGGGGCAAAAUGUAAUGUUGCCCGUUUAGACUGGCUGAAACACGUGCUGGAUCAAGGCAAACUAAUUCCUUGGAAACCGGAUGAUAUGUUGGCCAUGACGAAAUCUACGGCCGAGGCUGUGAGCAGUCAGUUCGAUUUAUUUGGGGACAGUUUUUGUGAACCCAUUAGUUCGGACGAAUUGAAGUCACUUUGUGAUCGCAUGCCAUCCAAGGACUCGGGCGAGAGUCGUGCAUCUCCUUUCCAUUCGGCGUACCAGUGGAAAUUGACUACCAAUUUAUUGGAAGAAUUUGAAUCGCGCAACGUUCCCAUCAUCGGACCGUUAAUUUCGCGCUGCAUUCUUGCUCUGUCGGUGGAUCAGUCGUCCAGUUCCAAAUCGCGUAUGUUAUCGGACAGGUUACUACUGACGGAGCUGCGUUAUUUGGGUGCCAUUGUCCUCCAAUGUGAUGAGGUUUUCACCCAAGAAUCUUUGCCAGAAGUUGUCCAGUUUGUUAUCGGUCAAUUGGGUAGCAGAAAGCAGGUGUCGGAUAGCAUCAUCGAACCGUUAUUGUCACAUAUUCUUCUGCUUGGUGGAUCUAUCAAUGACCAUAUGUCAGCACUGAGUGACCUUCAAGUGCAGCUGAAAAAUGCUGGCUUCUGUGGGAGUUCGACUGGUCUACAGUUAGUUGAUGAAUCGUGGGCCCGGAAUUGUCUUACCGCGGGAUCGAUCGAGGAGGCCUGA